CCUGAAGAGUUCCCAGCAUCCCACCAAGCCGUGAUCUCUCCCUGUUCCUCCCCCUCCCCUAACUCCGGUGGUUUAGCUCGGGGAACACUAAUUAAAUUAUAAAAGAGACUAAGAGCGUGAAAAUCGCUGCCACAUAUGCCUCGGAGGGCUGCCAGUGAAGUUCAAGUGCUCUGUGAAUAGAGAAAAGUCAUCCUCGUGGGAGGUUUCAUCAGAAAGGACAAAACCGCGGCGUGCGGCGUGGGAUAAAUUGGCAAGGAUUAUUUUUAAACUCCCGGCACUUCAACAGAGGGCUGGAGGAGGCAGUGACAAAUGUGAUGUGAUGUGGUGAAAUUUUGAACUGGCUUUCCAAAUGGAACCGUAAGAGGAUUGGCUCAACGUGAAAAUUGGGGAAAACUCACAUUCCACAAGUGGGGGCGAAAGCUCAAUCGUUACUGGCGUGUUGGAGGGAGGUGACGAAAGUCGAAAAUUAAGCAUCAUGGGAGCGGAAAAGAAUUACCACGAGUUGGGGGAGCAGCAGCAGCAUGAAAAGAGUACAAAUUGUGUGGGAGAAGAUGUGGAAAAGUGUUCCAGCAAAAAAGUGCAAGAAGUGGAAUUUUCCACGAAAUUUGAAGAACAUUAUAGAAGAAACGGUGCUGGCGAUGAAAAGGGAUCCAAAAAUGGGGCAGAAAUGGAGAAGAUGUUGCCGAAUGACUUGGAGGACAUGUUUAAGGACAUGCCACUGACGAAGGAUACCACGUGCGGGUUUUGGAUCUUCAAGGGAGAGUUUCUGCAGAGAUUCGCCAACAAGAAAGCGUACGUCUUCCUGUACGGAGUCGUGGGCUGUGUCUUCUCGGCCACCUACGCGUACUUCAACGGAACCAUCACCACGCUGGAGAAGCGGUACAAAAUUCCCAGCCGUAACACCGGCAUCAUCUCGAUCGGGAACGACAUCAGCUCGCUGUUUCUGUCCGCCAUCCUGAGCUAUUACGCCGGCAAGGGACACCGACCGCGGUGGAUCGCCUUCGGGCUGUUUACGAUCGUGCUGUUUUGCUGGUUGAACGCGCUGCCACACUUGCUGUACGGGCCCGGGGAAUCGGCGCUGGCGUUGACCACCGAGUACGGGGCGACGUACGACGAGAACCAGACCAAGGAGGUGUUUGAAGCGCAGAAGGCGAAAACGCUUUGCCGGGCGAAUGGGACUCGCGGGGCGGAGUGUGAGGUCGAGGAGGGGAAUUUGGCUCCACAGGCGGUGCUGUUUGUGGCGCAGUUUAUCUCAGGGAUUGGAAGUUCGCUGUAUUACACGCUGGGGGUGUCCUACAUGGACGACAACAUCAAAAAGUCCAAGACUCCUGCCCUGGUUAGCGUCUCCUACUUCCUCCGGAUGCUGGGUCCCGCCAUCGGGUACGCCCUGGCCUCGUACUGCCUCAAGCUGUACAUAUCCCCGUCGAUGAACCCGACCAUCACCAACAAGGAUCCCCGCUGGCUCGGUGCCUGGUGGAUUGGAUGGCUCAUUCUGGGGCUGGUCCUGGGCUUCUUUGCCCUGUUCAUCGGUCUUUUCCCCAAGCAACUUCCGAGGGCCGCCGUCCGGAAACGAAUCGCCAUCGAAAAGCAGAAGCUUGGCAUGAAACUCAGCGAGGUGAAGAAGGAGGACGAACUGCCGGCCUCGUUCAAGGACAUGCUCAAGACGUUCAAGCGACUGCUCAAGAACAAGAUCCUCAUGCUGAACAACAUCGCGUCGGUGUUUUACUUCUUCGGCUACAUGCCGUACUGGAUCUUCACGCCCAAGUACAUCGAAACGCAGUACAAACAGUCGGCGUCCACGUCCAGUCUGGUGACGGGCACGGUGGCGUUGGUCUUUUCCGCCGUCGGAGUGCUCAUUUCGGGCGUUGUGAUAUCGCGGUACAAGCCGAGGGCCCGCUACAUGGCCGCGUGGAACGUCAUGGUGGGACUGUUGUCCGUCAGCGGGAUGAUCGGGUACGCCUUUUUGGGAUGUUCUGCGAGUGAAAACUCUGUCAUCGUGAAUCAUCCGUCGACAACCGACCUAACGCCCACGUGCAACUCAGCCUGCCAGUGCGACUACGUCAAAUACUCCCCCAUCUGCGGCGAGGACGGCAACACCUACAUUUCGGCGUGCCAUGCCGGCUGCCGGCAACAGUACCAGAUUGGUGACCUUAAGACGUACGACGAAUGCGCUUGCAUAGAGGCCAGAAAUCACUCAGGCCACGACCCCGUUUUGGAACGGUUACGAAGCUCCUCCAACGGAAGCCAGCUUACGCCGUACUCACUCACCUACGAUGAGCUGCAACCACCCCCCGGCGGCAAGGCCAUCGCCGGUCCCUGCCCGAUGGACUGCAAGCGGGAGUUUUUCACGUUUUUGGCGGUCAUGUGCUUCCUGAAGUUUUCCGGCGCGACCGGGCGAGCCAGCAACUUCCUGGUGUCGGUGCGGUGCGUCGACGAGAAGGACAAAACCGUCUCGAUGGGCUUCGGCAUGAUGCUGCUCAGCCUGAUGUCCUUCAUCCCGAGUCCGAUCUUUUUCGGCCUGGUGCUGGACCGGACCUGCCUGGUGUGGGGCAAAACCUGCUCCGGCAAGGGCAACUGCUGGCUGUACGAUGGGGAAACGUUACGGUACCUUUUGAACUUUAUCGCGGCCGGGUUCGUGCUGGUGGGGACGCUGUUCGACUGUGGGGUGUGGUACUACGUCAAGAAUCUGAAAAUUUUCGACGACGAGGUGAAGGACAAGGAAAUCGAUCUGGCGGAAAAGGAGGAGCAAGCAACGACGGAUCGGCCAUCGUAGGAAUGAAGUCCUACUGGUUAAAUGUUAAGUUUUAGAGAAAAUUCCAAAGAUUUACACCUGUACAUUAAUGUAGUGCAAAUGAGAUUAUAAAACAAAACUUC